AUGGCUGCUCACCGGGACAAAGAGUCUCUGUUGGAAGAGAUCUGGAACCUGAAGAAGGCCCUUCAGGCUGCGCGAGAGAGCAACCGCUUGCUUACUUUACAGAACAAGCAUAUGGUAACUGAUCUCAAGAACCUGGAAGAACACGUCAUCGACUUGCAAUCUGCAAAAAGGGAUCAAUGGUCGCCUCUGAGAGGCGGCAGCACCUCGAGCUCAGCUGAGCAGUCCGCGCUGGUGGCACGGCUGAAGCAGCAAGCGCGCGAGAUCAAGUCCCAGCAGAUUGAGAUCGCCUCAGAGCUGGCUCAGGUCAAGGGCAGCACGCGUGCGCACCGCUUCCGAGAGAUCGAAGAAGAGAACCGAGCGCUCUAUGCCGAGAUUAAGCGCCUGACUGACGCACUCAGGGGACAGAAGGCCCUGUUUGAGAAGGAACGGUCCGAGUGGAAGAGGAAAGUGGAGGGGCUGGAGAAGAGGGUUGCUGAGAGAAGGCCUUUGAGGAGAGAGCCGGCGAGGGGGCCGAGUCCUGCAUGCAGAGUCGGUGUACAGCAGAGGAAAUAG